GCCCUCUGUGGAACAGCUGACGGAAUCCAUUUCAAAUUGUUUGUCCUUUUGAAAAGUAUUAAAUUAAAAGUGAAAUAAUCUUAAGAAAUGGACAAGAUCGAAUCGGUAUCGACACCCAACGUAGACGUUUACCGCCGCCUGCUCGUCAAGGUCAUCUGUCAGCUCCUGCUGGACAAGGGGGCCGGCCAAUGUAGUGCACAGUGCCUGGAGACGCUCACGGAAAUGCUGCAGGCGUUUAUUGUGGAGUUGGGAAACUCGUCGCACAACUAUUGCGAGCUCAGUGGGCGCACCAUGGCAACGGUGGGCGAUGUGAGCAUGGCCCUUAUAGGCAUGGGUCAAAAUAUAGGCAGCCUGGAGACCUACCUUCGCCGCGAUCCGCAUGCGCCAGUGCAGAUGCCGCCACAACAGACACAACAGCGCACACUGAGUCUGCUCCAGGCGGGCACCAAGGCAUCGCAUCCCCCGUAUGUGCCCAGCUACUUUCCACCCAUGCCAGAUCCGCAUGCCUACAUACGCACGCCAACGCACAAGCAGCCGGUGACGGAGUACGAGGCGAUCCGAGAAAAGGCCGCCUGCCAGAAGCGGGACAUCGAGAAGGCCCUCACCAAGUUCCUGUGCAAGACAACUGAAACGAACAAUCUCUUUCCCACCGAAGACAAUAUGUUUCCCUUAAUUGCGUGCAAUCCCUCGCUGCCGCCCUAUUAUGCAGCCUUGAAUCCCACGGAUCAGGUCUUCGAUUUUGAGGAGCUGGAGUAUCACUACUUGGUGGCAAAUCGAACAGAGGAUGCGCCCAGCAAAGAGGACGGCGAUGAAGGAGACAGCGACAACGAAGAUAUCGAGGGAGAUAAAUCAAAGGAGGACAAGCAGGAACUGGAGAUCAAGCCCAAUUCCACCACCAACAAGGCCAUACUUGAGAAUCCGAACAUAGACAACCCCUACUUGCGGGCCGCCACCUUGCCCAAGCGCACAAAGCUCACGUCCUCACCGGCCACAGUGCCACCGCCCCGCAGCCUGUCCAGAGGACCUUCCACCCUAGCAAUAACCAAAACUGCUUCCUAGGACUUGGACUACCCAAAUUAAAAUAUAGAUAUAAAUCUCUAGAAAUAAACCUGCAGGUAGUAUAUUCGGCGCUUCAACUCAAAU